CGGCGACGGUGGUGGUGGUUGUGUCUCGGUGGAACGUAGCGGCGAGAGAGGCUUCGCAUUCCGGAGUGAAGCGCGCGGCAAUUUGCGUCACGGUGGCUGCCUGCAUCCCGAACAGAGAAACACGUGGCUAGGUGAAUAGAUAUAACGAUGGUAGAUACGCAACACUUUUGUCUGCGAUGGAACAAUUACCAAAGCAGUAUAACGUCGGCAUUUGAGAACUUGAGGGACGAUGAGGAUUUUGUGGACGUCACACUGGCCUGCGAUGGCAGAAGCCUCAAAGCGCACCGCGUCGUACUUUCCGCUUGCAGCCCUUAUUUUAGAGAAUUGCUCAAGAGCACACCGUGUAAACACCCGGUGAUAGUACUUCAGGACGUAGCGUUCAGCGAUUUGCACGCAUUGGUCGAGUUCAUCUAUCACGGGGAGGUGAACGUGCAUCAGCGUUCCCUUAGCAGUUUUUUGAAGACUGCCGAAGUCCUCAGGGUAUCGGGGCUUACGCAACAGGCAGACCAAACGGACAGGGACGAGCUGUCCCACGUGCGCGCGUUGGCCGCCGGUGGCAAUCACCUUCCUUUCCACGAGAAAUUGGAGGAGAGUUUUCCCAGGGGUGGUUCACCACCGACCCCGGUCACCCCGACACCGACCACCGUGCAGCAAUUGUUGCGCAGAGCGCAGAUACGCAGGAACGAGAGACGGACGCCCGAUCCCCACGAUGAGACGGCGAAGAAGCCGAGGGUGCUUUCGCCUCCGCUCAACAACAACGACGCUACGCCCACCGAUUUCUCGAUGGGGGUGAAGAACAACCACGUGUCGAGCAAGGUGGAGGGGAACGGGGUGCACGAGGAGAACAGCCCCCUCGAGGACAAUAUCAAGUGCGAGCCGUUGGAGCUGACAGGUGGUAACAGCGGUAACGCCGCGGGGAACAACGAGGACUCGUCCGAUUCCGGCGCCGCCGCGUCCGAUCGGCCGCCCGCGUCCGCGAGCAGUAACGAGCACGAGGCCGAGUCCGAGCACACGUCCACCCCCAAUUUUUUGUCCGAGACGAAAAUCUUCCCGCCCACGCCAGGAAGCUUUAAUUUCAGUAUGGCGGCGUUAGCCACGGAGCAUACACCGUUGUCAGUGAAAUUUCCAGGAAUGGGCCACGGGUUGCAACCACCGGACUUGGCAGGAACUUCGCAAGACCGGGAGGUCGCCGAGGAGGACGGGGGUUGGCAGUCCCCUACCAACGGAGACGGUCAACGGCAAACCGGCCAAUCGAGCCAUAGUACGGGAACUAGUCAGUGCGAGAUGAUGCAGGAGCACCAACACCAUCCGGACCUACCCAUUAUCGAUCUCUUAGACGACAUUAACGAUCAGAUGCAGAUCGUGCUCAAGUCGGAACCUCUGUCGCCCAAGAUAGACGAGCUCGAGUCCUGUUUGCUCACCGAGCAGAUCGAUCUGCAGUCGGAACGGGACUCGGCCUGCAAUAAUGCCGCCAAUAACGGGCAACAGAUGCGCCAGCAGGGCAGGCAACAGCAACAGCAACAGCAGCAACAACAACAACAACAACAGCAACAACACCAGCCGAGGACGGUUGCCACGAACGAGAGCGUACCAUUCACGGAUCUUCGCUGGUUGAUGCAAAACGGGAACUCGCAGGCGCCGUCCUCGAAGCACGUCCGCGGCGACACGACGACGGCGGCGGCCAGGGCACAGGCCGAGGCUCAAGAUCUCAAGUACACCGGCCGCUCGAUCAGCGGUACUUACUGUAGCUUUUGCCAGAAGACUUUCUCCCGCGCCUGGUCCCUGCAGAGACAUCUGGCGGACACGCAUUUUUACGUGCCGCAGUCGCUCUGUUGCGACCAGUGCGGCAGGAGUUACAAGUCGAGGAACAGUCUGGUCAGUCACAAGAGUCAGUAUCACGCGAAGAAAGAGCGGAAGGAGCACGAGGAACAGUGCGAGGCCAAGUAUUGGCAGACACCGAUGGUCUAG